ACAAACACCAAUUAGAAUUAAAAAGAGACAAAGAGCGAGUGAGAGGUCUAGAACACUCCUUAAUCUCCACACAUCACACAGUCUCUCUUACACCCUUUUCUAAGCAUUAAUAACCAAACAUGUCUUCACAACUUGUUAGUGAUGUAAGAUGCGACACACUAAUGCACUAUGCAGCUUCUUAUGGUGAAAGAGGGAGCAACAAUUACAAACUAACUCGUCGCCAAACCUAUGAAUAUCAUAGAAUAGAGAAGAAUAGCAUCUCCCCUGAAGAAGGAAACUUCAAAGAACACAACAAUAAUGAAAAGAGUGCAAAACGUAGCACAAAUUAUCAAGCUAGACAACAAGCACAAAAGCUACACAGGUUGGGAUUCUCGUACCUUGCAUCAUCUUUUAUUUACAUAGUAAUUAAGGUUAAAGCAUUGUACAAUGGUUUCCUUGGAGAUGUUGCUAGUGAAUCAAGAAUUGUGGGAAUUGAAGCACCAAUGGCAGAGCCUUAUUUCUCUGUUCCAGUUAUUCCAAAUUAAUAAUAGGGGCACUAUGAUCAUGUUUGUAAUGUCUAGUAUUAGUCCAAAAGUAUAUAUUAUACCAUAAAUAUAUUUAGUUAUAAUGUUUAUAUAUAUAUUGUUCAUGAGUUGUGAGUUCAGUCAUAAGAAUGUUAUGUGUGUUUAUAUAUAUUAGUAUCAAAUUUGAGCUAAA